UCUCCUCUUUUUCACGCUACUCUCUAUUCUCUAGUCGUGCGACAGCAGCAGUUGAAUUCGGUAUGGCUAAAGUCGCGCUCGUGUUCUUCCUUCUCGCCGCGGCCUUGGCCUGCGGUGACGCAGCCAAAAUCUUGGGCAUGUUCGCGUUCCCAUCGCAAAGCCACCACAUCCUCGGCAAGGCCCUGAUGAAGGAGCUGGCGGCCAGGGGUCAUCAGGUUACAAUGGUUUCGCCCUUCCCCUUCAAGACUCCGCCAAAGAAUUACAGGGACGUUACGCUGCACAACAUGUUGGCAUGGAAGCAAUCCGCAAUGAAGAAGAUCUCGAAUCCGAACAUCGGCUUAAUUCAGAAGCAGGCUAUCUUCCACGAGAGUCUCCCCGAUUUGACUCGCGCCUUCUUCGAGGAGAAGGAAUUGCAGCAGCUGCUUAAAUCUGGCGAGAAGUUCGAUCUGGCCAUCAACAUGAUGGGAUACACCGAGGCCGUCCUCGCCGUCGGUCACCUGUUGAACGCCACCAACAUUGGUUUCAGUAUCAUGGGUGGAAUGCCAAUCUUCAACUACCACACGGCCAUCCCGUCUCCACAUGCUUACGUCCCAGCCACUUUUUACUACUACAGCGAUAAAAUGACCUUUUUCGAACGUGUCAUCAACACCCUCUUCAGCAUCGGCUUCGAAAUGAUGAUCCACUUCAAGCAUUACCCGAACCAGAGAGCCGUUGUCAAAGAGUACUACCCUGAAUUGUGCUUGGACAAGAUCAUGAAGGACGUCGAUCUUCAUCUCAUCACCUCCCAUCACGCAACCGAAAGUCCCAGACCCCAUUUAACCAACACCAUCCAAAUCGGCGGAUUCCACCUGUACGAUCGCGAGGAACUUCCUGCCGACCUCAAACAGUUCAUGGACAAAUCCAAGCACGGCGUCAUCUUCUUCAGCCUCGGCUCGAACAUAAAGACCGCCGAACUUAAGGGCGACGUUAUGCAACAGUUCAUCAAAGCCUUCUCCAACUCCAAGUACGAUUUCCUGAUGAAGUACGAAAAGGACCUCCCGAAUCUCCCGAAGAACAUCAAGAUCAGCAGCUGGCUGCCGCAGAAGGCCAUCCUCGAACAUCCCAAAUGCAAAGUAUUCAUCACCCACGGUGGACUCGGCAGCAUCGCCGAAUCCAUCCACAACGGUGUACCGAUGAUCGCCAUCCCGUUCUUCGGAGACCAAAGGAAGAACGUCGCAGACAGCAUUGAUUUCGGUUACGCUCUCCAAUUGGAAAUCACCAACAUCACCGAGCGCAUCGUCACCGACGCUAUUAAGGAAGUCACCGAGAACCCGAGCUACUUGAAAGCAGCCAAAUUCCGUUCGGACAUAUACAGGAACCAAGAGAUGAACCCCAUGGACAAGGCCGUAUUCUGGGUGGAACACGUCAUCAAGCACGGCGGCGCUAAGCACAUGAAAUCGAUGGCCACCGAACUCAAAUGGUACCAGUACAUGCUUCUCGACGUAUUCGCCUUCUUGGGUGCCAUACUCUUGAUCGCUUUCGGUCUCAUCUACUUCACAUUAAAGAAAAUCGCCUGUUGCAUCUGCAAGAAGCAAUGUAAAAAGGCACCGACCAACUCCAAGAAGGUCAAGAAAAAUUAGAACCUAAUUACAUUUCGUUAUUUUUUUAUUAUACAAUUUUUAUUUGUGCGUUCGAUACAUCAUUAUAUUAAUUAUUGUUGAACUUAUAUAUAAUUAUUUAGUAUCAUUUGUCAUGCAAUUUGUACAACGAUAUUACGUUUUCAGACACACGAAUAAAUAGAACAAAUAAAUAGAAAUAAAUUAUA